AUGCGAAGUGGACGGGCGGCGCUCGAACUGGGCGAAAAUGCCCAUCCCCGCGCCGGGCCAGGACCGCGAGCUGCCUCCCAACCCACGGGCUCAAAGCCGCUUCUUCGCUCGACUACCACCCGAGAUCCGGCGCCAGAUCUAUCUGCACCUCUUCGGCGACCGUCGCGUGCAUGUCGAAUUCGACAUUGGGACGGUCUACCAUCACAAGCUGGGCAUGGAGUUCGAAGAAAGGCGCGAGAAGUGGCGGUGGUGGCAGCAGUGAACAGGUGGAAUUCUAUCCAUUAUGCUUGGACUUUCGCUGCUGUUGGCAUGCAGACGACAGGAUACAAAGAGUCCCUCAACAUUCUCUACGGCAGCAACACCUUCGUUCUCGCCAGAAAAGAGGUAAUGGUCUUUCGACUCGCCAAGCUGUGGCCAGCGAGCCAUCGCGCACUCGUCACGUCCACGGAUAUCCUGCUGCCAUUAUGGCUCAAAUGCAUCAAUCCGGUGCCAGAGGAUAUCUACAGCGCGUUUUUCGGACUCCUGCAAGGCGACGUCUACCCGAACCUGCGCAAGCUCCGCAACAUGCUCAGAAUGAUUCCUCGUACCGUAUCGUUCGAGCUUCGCGCUCCGUCUCCCUUGACCGAAGAACAGGAGGACUCGUGGGUCCGGCCGUGGGAGGAACUAGCUACCAGCCGCGCGCACUGGGAGAGAUUGGAGAUUAUUGUCCCGGACAGUUGGAAGCCAGACUUUGAGAAGGCGCUCAAGAGAAGGGCCAGGCUGGACGGGAGUGAUUUGAAACUUAGGGCGCAGAGUUUCCUAUAG